GUUUACAAUGAGUGACGUUAUACAGUAUUUACAUGAUAGCUUACAUAGUAGCUAAAGGCAUGUGAGAAUGAACAGUGAGUCCUUUGGUAGAUAAGUUCAUAAUGUACUGUACGCCUAAACGUGAAUGUUGUGCAGUUUUACUUUUGCUUUUAGGUUGUUGAGAUUGAGACAUAAAUCAAGGCUCCUGUGAAAGUGAAUAAUCAUAAUAAUGCUAGUGACAGCUUUAGCACGUAUUUUCACUUCUCCUAAAUAUUGAUACAGUAAACUCUUUAUGUUUUGAAUUUUGUCCAAUGUUAGCUGUUCCAUUAUGUCUUUAUAAAAAGUCAUGCACAAAUUCUCAUUAAUCUCAGAGCAUGAACAAUAUCUAACUAUAUACUAUAGUAAUUGAUUACGAUUUGAGAUUGUCGAAUGUGUUUGUGAAUAAAUAUCAUCCCGUUGCUGAUGUUGUAGGAGAAACAGGCGUUGACAGAUACUAUCUGCCAGCUUUGUGUGAUUUAUUUUUCAUUUAGUUUUGAUUACAUUGACUUCCUGUGGUUUGACAUAUGGCUAUCAGGCCUUUAUUGUUGCAGUGUUUGCUAUUAAGUGAGAACUGGCAGGAAGGAGCACAGGAGUGCUACCAUAUCCCAGUAACCCUGGCUUCUGGAGUGGACGGACAAUACCGUGGGCCAGUCCACUGAGCAGAUUGCUGUGAGGCUAAGUAUAGCAUGCAUACAAGUAAAUGAGCAGAGAGCAAUGGCCCCCCUUUGUGACAAUGGAGGCAUUUCCCGCUGGGCUGGAUAGCAAUCCCCAUGAAGACCCAGGUAACAGCCCUUUAAAAGCCAUAAUUGCUCUGCCUGAAAUCGGAAACCUAUGAACAAUACAAGAGCUACAAUUUCCUGUAAUGAUGGAGUUAUGUCUCUUACAAUAUGCUGUUAUGCUCUUACGGCCAGACAAAAGGAUGUGAUGAUCAAUCUGUGUGGACUCCAGUUUGGAAGCAUUAUGUUUCUAACCUUGGUUUGCAUAAAUACUGUGUGUAUGGCCUUAGAGAAUAUGAGGUUUUCUCAGUUAUUAUCCUGAAACAGUUAGAGACAGUCCAUUUGUUUUGAUCUCUCUGCUUGUGGCCUUAUUUGUACCAAACACAGUAGACCGUGCUGGAUAGUGCGUGACUUUGGCCUGCAUGAUCACAGCAUACCCGGCAUGCCAACGUCCUUAUACAAGCAGAGUCUGGACCCUGAGUUCAUUGCUUACUAGUACUGAUGAUGAAGAGUGUGUAAAGGAGAGGAUCAGUCUCAUCUCACAUGCAGUCACACUCUCGAAGGGGUUGUUCCAGAGUGAAGCCAUUCUUUGAAGCGUCUUGCACAGCAGGAGACAGGGGUGAGUUUGUUCUACCAUUCAGUGAACCAGACUUCCUUCCUUCCCUGUGCCCCCCUCCCCUCCUUAGAAGCAGAGUUGGUGCUGAGUGUCAGUAUUAGAUGUUGUCUCCAAGCGCCUCGUUCGUGCAAAUCAAGUUCGAUGACAUCCUCUUCUACGAGAAUUGUGGCGGCGGCAGCUUCGGGAGUGUGUACCGAUCCAGGUGGAUCUCCCAGGCUAAAGAGGUGGCGGUAAAGAAACUGCUAAAGAUUGAAAACGAGGCUGAAAUCCUCAGUGUCCUCAGCCACCGUAACAUCAUCCAGUUUUAUGGCGCGAUUGUUGAGGCUCCAAACUAUGGAAUCGUCACUGAGUAUGCGAGUGGCGGAUCGCUGUAUGAUUACCUGUCCAGUGUUGAGAGUGAGUGCAUGGACAUGGGGCAGAUCAUGACAUGGGCUGCAGAGAUUGCCAGAGGAAUGCACUAUUUACAUUCAGAGGCCCCCAUUAAGGUGAUCCACAGAGACCUAAAGUCCAGGAAUGUGGUUGUGGCAGCAGACAUGGUUCUCAAAAUCUGUGAUUUCGGUGCAUCCAAGUUCCUGACCCACACAACACACAUGUCCUUAGUGGGCACCUUUCCCUGGAUGGCUCCGGAGGUGAUCCAGAGUCUGCCUGUGUCCGAGACCUGUGACACUUUCUCCUACGGCGUCGUGCUUUGGGAAAUGCUCACCCGUGAAAUACCUUUCAAAGGCCUGGAAGGAUUACAAGUGGCCUGGCUCGUUGUGGAGAAAAAUGAGAGGUUAACCAUCCCCAGUGGCUGUCCUUCCAGCUUUGCAGAGCUCAUGAAGAACUGCUGGGCAACAGAUUCAAAAGAAAGGCCAAUGUUCAAGCAGAUCCUCUCUACUUUGGAGUCCAUGUCUAAUGACAGCCAACUUCCUCAACAGUGCAACUCUUUCCUUCACAACAAGGCUGAAUGGAGGUUUGAGAUUGAAGCUACACUUGAGAGACUGAAGAAGCUGGAGAGAGACCUGAGCACCAAAGAGCAGGAGCUGAAGGAGCGGGAGCGCCGUCUAAAGAUGUGGGAGCGCAAACUCAUCGAACAGUCCAACAGCCCGCUGCUGCCCACCCUGGACAUAUACACAUGGACAGAGGAGCAUGUGAAUUUCUGGAUGCAGCAAAUAUUUGGCGCAGGGGAGGAUCCAUGUGGCAUGCAGCUGUAUGCCGACCUGUUUAAAGAAAAUCACAUCACUGGAAAGAUGUUGCUGUUGCUCACAGAAAACGACAUGCGGGACAUGGGGGUCAAGUCCAAAGGUCAUGUCAUGCACCUUAAGGGUGAAAUUGAAAAGCUAACAAAUGAUUACAUGGGAUUCGUCCACUUCCCACCUCUUUUCAAGGAUGAACUGGAAAAGGAAGUGGAGAAGGGUAAAACUGUCAAUCUGGAGCUGGUAUUUGGAUACCACUGGAAACCAGGAACCGGGAAAUCUGACUGCAAGUGGAAAAUGUACAUGGAGUUUGAUGGGGACGACGUUGCAGUGACCUACAUCAAAGACGUCAUCUUUAAUGCCAACCGGAAGGAUGUUGAAACCCUUCGGAUGACUAAGCCACCUUUUGUGAUGGACAAAUGGAUCGUAGGAGUACAGCAGAACCAGAAAGUGGAUUACACAGUCAAUUAUGAGAAUGAUGUCAUGUCACCAAAGUCGACCAGACACAGUUGUCCAGUGGUGUGGAGUCACAGUGGUGGACAAGACGAGAUCAAGACUGUGGAGCUGGUCAUACAAACAACACCAGCUAACAUCAACUUGACCCUCACGGAUAAGUCUAACUCUGAUAUUGAUCCCACAUGGAUGCAUAAUGUAAGGCAGAGGCAGUUGAUGACAGAGAAAAACCUGAAAAAGUCUUCUGCUCUGACUGUCUUCGCUGGCUCUGAAGCCCGCACUCUGCCUCAGUUCCUGUCUGUACAUGAAAGCCAGGGGUUUUCUUAUGCUGCAGCUGUGCGACGCUCUCCGAACCGGGCCCGCGGAUAUCCUUGGAAUGAUUCACGCAGCUCUUCGCCAACCACCAGCCUGUCGGCCAAACUCUCCUCGCUCCAUCUUGGGUCAAAGGGCAGCAGCCCGUCCAGCACUACGUCAGAGAGUGCCUCAGAGAGAGACCGAGAGCGUCCACUCAGCGCUGGAGUGGUGCAUGACCACCGCAGAAACCGCUAUUUUGGCAACACAUUAGCUGUGGGAGGGGGGCAGGGUAGGGAGCAUACAUGGACCAAUACUAGAGAUAACAAUAUUCAUAAUAAAACCAGCAAAACCUCACGACAGCCAGGGAGGCCACGGUCCAACAGUUACAGCGUCACACCACAGAACCGCCCCUCCACGAUACCAGGUAUAUCGUCUGUGACAGGAAACCCCAGUGAGGAGAAAGAGGGGGCCAAAGCCAGCGAUGGAGGGUGGAUCAAAGUGGAGCGACAGAAAAGAUUACCACGUCAGGAGAAUAAACAAGUCAGAGGUCGACCGAGAAGGGGGGGCAGGGGAGGGCGCAGUGCUGGGGGGAGAACCUAAUGUGUGGCACACAUGAACUGACAGCUUCUUAACAUAAAAAGGUUUUACAUAUAAAUGAUGUCUGCUUACAUACUCACUGCUUGUUAUAAGAGAAUCCCACUGAUGCCUAUGAUGUAUAUAUGUAUAAACAUACAGUUUUAUUUUUCAGAAACUGGUGCCUGUCAGGUUGAUAUUAAUGAUUAAUUAUUAUUUUUAAAUUGACAAUUCACUUCAUUUCCCACCUUUCAUUAAAUAACAGAUCGAGCCCAGUGUUGUUGAUGCAUAUUUUUAUUUUUUAUUUAUCAGCCCAGGUUAUCUGAUGUAAUGAAUGAACUGUUUUAACACACCCAUGAUAAAUGUUAAUUUCUUUAAAUCCAUA